AUGUUCAUCCAAACAGCUUCUCGUUCACCCCUAGCUCAAAGCAAUGCUGUAUCCCUUGGUGCCCACCAAGGCCGCAAGGAUUCCCCACGAUGGCUCUUUAGGAGUCAAGUUACCUCGUAUGGGUCAAACUUGAAACCCAAGGCCUCAUGUAGGCCAGUGAUGGUACACUUGAUUAAUUUCUGGGUUGUUAAACACACCCAUCACAUCUCAUCACCCAACCUCUCGCAAUCGAUUUGGCACAUUUCCAUCUAUCACAUCUAUCAGAUCACCCCAGGUUGGGUGCCUUUCCCAGGGCCCAACAAAAGCCAACCGUGUGACACAAUUCUGACGCUUCGUCUCACUGCUUGGCCCUUUCUUCCGCCGCGGUUCAAACGCGUCGGGACACCGCGCGUUCCCACAGCGUGGAUCCUUGGGGCUCUGGCGAUGCCGGAGGAGGAACUCUUGGCACAGGACGGGCUCUUGCGCUGUGUGGGGAAUCUGAAAUCCAACCUACAAACUUGGAGCUGUGAGGAACGUGUUCGUGCCUUGGAACGGCAAACCGAGGCGGCUCAGGCACAGCAAAAGGUGAACGCUUUGAGUGCCGCCUUGCGGAAGGCGGAGGUCUUGGAGGAGAGCUGGGAGAAGGGAGUGUCUUCUUUGCUUCAGCAGGCCAAGGAACAGCGAGCAGAGCUCGUGAAGGUGGUUGAUUUGCUCAAAGCUCCCUUGAAGGAGUCCGGCCUAUCAGGCCUAAGUGAGAGUGGGGACUUGUCCAGCUUGCCGGAGCUGGUGAAAAAAGCUUUAGGGCAGAUGGACUCCAAAAAGAAGGAGAAAGUCAAGGAGAAGUCGAAAUCGGAGAAAGAGCAGUCAGAAAAAGAGGAAGAGGAGGAGGAGAAAGAGGAGUCGGAGAAAGAGGAGAAGGAGAAGGACAAGAAGAAGAAAGGCAAGAAGAAAGAAGAGAAGGAGGAGAAAGAAGAGAAGAACGAGAAGAAAGGAUCACGCAAAGAGGCCAAAGAGGGGAAAGAUCGAAAAAAGCGAAGAAGGUCGCGCAAGGAACGUGGAUCCGAUGCCUCGGACUCUUAUAGCUACUCGAGGACGCCUUCACCUCGACGCAGGAGGAAGAGAAGACGUCGGAGAAGGCGAAGACCCAGUCCAAGCUACUCCAGGUCAUACAGUUAUACGCCGUCAAAGGAACGGCGCAAGGGCACGCGGCGCAAGGGAACCAAGCGCCGCAGUGGUGGCCGAGACCGCGGCGGAGCUUCCGCGUUGGACGUGGGGUCGGAGAUCUCGCGCUUUGUGAAGGUGAACAAGCUUGAAGAACGCUGUGAGAAGAUUUUGAGGGAUCUGGAUGCCAAACUGGCCUUCCAGGUUAUGGGCGUCAGCGGCGGCGGAGGGCGAGGCUUCACCUUCGAGCUCAGUGGCGACGUCCGCGACCCCACAGCGGUGGUCCUCGCACGCAUCCGUAAGGUGCAGUUCGCGCGGGACGUGGCGCCCAAGCGGAAGCGUUCGCGCUCCCGGAGGAUUUUUCCGGAGCAUAUGAUAGAACAGGAAUCUCCUUUGAAGGAUGUAGUGAAGAGUAUUUGGAUCUACUAUAGCGCAGAUGGCAUCGCGAGCAUGGCGAGCGCCAGUCCAGAGUUGUUGGUGCUGCGGGUGAAUCAGUUGGAUGCCAGGCGAUUGGAUGGAGAGAUUACCUCUAUCCUCAGGCAGCAGCUGCUUGAUGCAAUUCUUACAGAUCCAUGGCCGCUGGAACGCUUCGCACCGGAGGUGGACGCAGCGCUGCAAGGGAUCUUGUGGAGGUACACCAUCUGGAUUGACGAGCCCACGCCUGGAGGGCGUCUCCAGAACUUGCGCUACGCGAGGGCGGGAGGUGAGGGGAAGCCCUUGAGCAAGCUUCAGAAGCUGAGCUUCCUCAUGCUUUGGGUCUUGUUGCCCUGGCUUGGCAAACGCAGCUAUGAGCUGCUGCAACGCCUGGAGGUGGAGUCUGGGCAUCCCAGACUGAAGGCUUUGGCAUCUUGGCUUCUGCGAAGUGCAGUGCCCAAAGGGGUGGCAUUGCAUUCCUUGUUGGUGGCCACAAACUUCCUCAUCUUUUUGAGGUUCGGGACCUUCAGCGAGCUACGAGACCGCAUCUUGAAGAUCCGCCUGGUACACAUUGAUCCGACGGCGAGAAGACAGGUUGCCUUCGAGUACAUGAAUCGUGUGAUGAUUUGGAACGGCCUCUCGGAGUUCCUCCUCACGGUGUGGGCCGUCCGAUUUGGUUCCCGCUCCGGAUCGAGUGGUGUGAAAGGCGGAGGGUUGAGUGGAGGCUGA